GAGGAGGAAAAACUGCAUCACCCACCCCUAUCUCUUUCAACAAACUCUCGACAAGCCACGUCUUCUGCAAAAAACUUAUGAUUUUGCAGUGAAAGAUGUGUCUAUUCUGUUCUCACCGAUCUUUUUGCUUCAUUAAUGCUGACCUACUUCAUAUUCAUAUUCCUUGCAGUCCACGGAAUGAAGCUACUCGAACCCAAAAAAUGUAAUAUACAUAGACAGCAAUGGAGAUAGUUAGUUACGGAAAUUUGAAACACAUAGUAAAAAUAUACUGAUAAAAUGGGGUUUCCUGAUAUCUGGAAAUGGCUCUGCAGUCUCCCAAGGCUUGACAAAUGGGAGAGCUCUUUAAUCUCUCUGCAAUUAUGUGCUUCUCAAGACAAUAGGAGAAAUUUUCUGCUAAUUGCAGACAAGAUUUUGGCUCCUGGGGGCUCUGUCUGGUGUGUAACCUUCUCUUUUGCUCUGGGCGGUGAGUGGCCUUCUGAGUAUGGUGGUCGGGCUUUGUGGGUUUCGAACGCUUGCCCUCUUGGAAACGAAGAAUCAAUGGAAAAGAAGACUCUGCCUCUCAUAUCAUGUCUGGUGGAAGAGAUUCUGAAUCGUGCUCCAAGCAAGGGCCGCAGCACAUUGUUUUGUAAGGACACCAAUAUAUCUGAAAGUUCUCUUCUGUGUGUUGAUCCACAGUCCUGCAAAGAGCUCUGCAAUUUCUUGUUUCUCUGCAGAUUGUUCUGGCUGUGCGCCUGUGAAUCCCCAUUCCAAGUGGGUUCUCUGUAUUUUGACAUGGUGGGCUCUAGCCUAAACAGAAUUAUGCCUCCGAAAGAGACAUUAAAAUCCUUUCUGGUGUCCAUGGGAGCCGAUUUGGAGGAGAAUUUCAUGCGGUCACUGGGGUACAUGUAUACUAAAUUCAUCUGUUUGAAUCCAGAGCAGCAGAGGUUCGAUCCCUUGACCUAUUCAUGCUCCACCAGUGGAUACUGUGCAGUCAGAGGCUAUGCUCCUCUUCUUGCCAUGAAAAAUUCCCAAACCCAUCUGCAAUUUCAGCUACCCAGUACAGAGGAUGCAGUGCUUCAGUAUGUUCUGAGCCACCAGCAGAUGGAGGCAGUCAUUCAGCUCAAAUACAGGGCAGUGGUGUUGAAUGACUGUGUGGAAAUUGAAAUGAGUGUUGAUAAUGUGAGGUGCACUGUUACUCAAUUGGCAUUUGGUAAAACAGCUGCAGUUUCAGAGGAAGAGCAUUUUCCUUCCAAAAUAAGCCUGUGCCUUGCCCCACAUGAUGCUGCCCCAGUGCUAAUGGUGACCUUGAAUAAAUCCUCUGCAAACCCUGUUAAAAAGAUGACUUCCCAUAGAUUUUUACUUGGUACUGACUACCAUUCAAAGUUUCCUGUCUUUGUAAAAUCACGGUGUGUCAAUGAAACUAGUUAUAGUACUGAUUAUGUGAGUAGCUGGAAAUAUGAGCAGAGCAGUGAAGGAAAGCAGGGGAUCUUAGAGUGGGUUUUGUAUGAUAAUGAGAGGGGGAAGGAAGUUGCUUCAUGCAGGGAUUGCAAAGGAGGAGGAGGAGUGGAUUCGAAGAGGUGGUGGAGAGAGAGGUACAGGAAAGGCACAAGGCCUUUUACUGCAGAGGGGGGAGUUGUGUUUGCAAGUGAUGAGUAUGGACAGAGUGUUGUGUGGAGGUUGAACAAAUCUUGUUUGCAGGAGAAUUGCUUGAAAUGGAGUGUCAAGGGUUGCAUUUGGGUGAGUUACUGGCCAAAUACAUAUAACACUGAUUACUGUGAAACAAGGUAUGUGGAAAUAUGUGAGCAAGUUGAUCUUCUCAUUCCAAACUAUCAGACAGUGUGACUAAAACAAAAAGCUUUUCAUAAGACUGUUAGGUCUUAUUUUGUUAUAAAAGUAUGUUAAUAGACUAGUUUUACUGGAAACUCUUGUAAUUUGUUAUAUCGAUUAUGGAGCUUUACAAAGUAGUAACAAUUUUGUGAGAUGGUGUUGGAGGAUCAUUUUCUUUCACGAUUUUUUUUCUAUAUAUUUUAUCGUUGAUAUCAAUGUAAGUUUGAUUAGUUGUUGUGAUUCAAUUUAGAAAGCAAUUUAAUU